AUGUCUCAAGCACCGUCAAAUGUGUACCUCUCUCUUCAUCUGUCGUCAAAAAGAGCUUCUUCAAGAAUCCCUUAUGGCAUAGCACUUAGCUACACCCGCAAGCACAAGAUCAACAAUAAAAUGAAGGCCGUUGCAGCAGAGAGCAGAGACUAUCUUGACCAUUUGCAGAGAGCCAUGAAGAACCCCCAACAAUCUCAGCUUAAGAAAAGAGUAGCUCCUGCAGCACCAAUAGGGUUAUGGAGAGGUUUCCUACUGCAAGAACAGUGCAGCAGAUGA